UCAGGGCUGAACACCGUUAUCUCGCCUCUCUUUAUGGGCUGUAACUUCACCGGCAAGAGGCUGCAGUUGCAAUUAAGAAACCACGCCUGUUGGUCUCCAAUUCCCCUGAUUCGCAGUACUUAUAUGACUCUUCCUUUGGAGCACGAGCUUUCUCCAGAGCUGCCGCGGUCCAGAAAACUUCAUUUUCCACUGAAGGAUUAAAAAAAAGAAAAAAAGAAAUCUUAUUAUUAUCGCGAGAGCCUCGGCUACAUUACGACCAGCGGUGGGAGAAGGGCUAAUUGUCCGACUGCCACCCUCACAAUAACAGCAAUGGAGUACCUCAUGUUUUGUUUUGUGUUUUCAUGCUGGGUGAAGUUUGCAAACUGCGUUUAUUCUACUGAUGCGCCUCAAGCUCCUGCGCCCAUUCCCAAAGAUAAAUUGCUCGUCCUAACGGUUGCAACAGAGGAAACGGAUGGCUUCCUGCGCUUUAUGCAGUCUGCAAACUAUUUCAACUACACUGUGAAGGUGUUGGGGAUGGGAGAAACAUGGAAAGGUGGUGAUGUGGGUCGCUCUAUCGGUGGAGGUCAAAAGGUUCGGCUCUUGAAGGAGGCCAUGGAGGCUCUGGCUGACCAGGAGGAUCUUGUUGUCCUUUCCGUGGAUAGCUAUGAUCUUGUCUUUUCUGGAGGACCAGAAGAAAUUCUCAGGAAGUUCCAGCAAGCCAAUCACAAAGUGCUUUUUGCUGCAGAGGGACUGAUAUGGCCGGAUAAGAAACUAGCUGAGAAGUACCCCGCAAUCCGCAGUGGAAAGCGCUACCUCAACUCUGGAGGUAUUAUCGGCUUCGCCCCAUACAUAAACAGAGUGGUUUCACAGUGGAACCUCCAUGACAAUGAUGAUGACCAGCUCUUCUAUACCAAAAUGUACUUGGAUCCUUUACAGCGACAAACUCUCAAUAUGACUCUGGACCACAAGUGCCAGAUCUUCCAGAACCUGAAUGGGGCCGUUGAUGAAGUGCUGCUCAAGUUUGGAACUGACCGCGUAAGAGUUAGAAACACAGUGUACGACUCUCUGCCAGUGGUUGUCCAUGGCAACGGAAACACCAAAAUAUACUUGAACUCUUUGGCAAACUAUGUCCCCAACACAUGGAACUAUGAGCUUGGCUGUAGCCACUGUGAUGACGACAUUGUGGACCUGUCUCAGUUAAAAGAGUAUCCAAAUGUGUUGGUUGGAGUAUUCAUCGAGCAGCCAACUCCAUUUCUUCCUGAAUUCUUCAAGCGGCUGCUGACCCUGGAUUAUCCCAAAGAUAAACUCAACAUUUUUGUCCACAACAAUGAGGUUUACCACGAGAAGCACAUCCAGAAGUUCUGGCAAGAGAACAGAAAUGUGUUCAACACUUUCAAGGUUGUGGGACCAGAAGAAAAUCUGAGCCAAGGAGAGGCCAGGAACAUGGGCAUGGAUAUUUGCCGUAAGGAUGCCACGUGCGACUACUACUUCAGCCUGGAUACAGAUGUGAUGCUCACCAACAGACAGACACUGAAGCUCCUUAUUGAGCAGAACAGAAAAAUAAUUGGUCCCCUUGUCACUCGCCACGGCAAGCUGUGGUCCAACUUCUGGGGAGCCUUGAGUCUGGAUGGUUAUUACGCUCGCUCUGAAGAUUAUGUCGACAUUGUGCAGAGAAAACGUGUGGGUAUGUGGAACAUUCCUUUCAUGGCACAUGUCUACCUGGUCAAGGGCAGUGCUUUGAGGAAUGAACUGAAAGAGAGGAACGUCUUUGUGCUGGAGAAACUAGACCCAGAUAUGGCUUUGUGUAGAAAUGUCAGAGAAAUGACCAGUCACAGAGAAAAAGACUCCCCUUCUCCGGAAUCAUUCCAUAUGCUCAGGCCCCCAAAGGGAGUCUUCAUGUACAUUACAAACCGCCACGACUUCGGGAGGCUCAUUUCCACAGCCAAUUAUAACAUUUCUCAUUAUAACAACGACUUGUGGCAGAUAUUUCAAAACCCUGUGGACUGGAAGGAGAAAUACAUUCACCAAAACUACACUCAAAUCUUCACUGAGAACUACAUGGAGGAGCCUUGUCCAGAUGUGUUCUGGUUCCCAGUCUUCUCAGAGAAGGCCUGUGAUGAAAUCGUCGAGGAGAUGGAGCACUACGGUUCAUGGUCUGGAGGCAAACAUGAGGACAAGCGGAUCUCCGGCGGCUAUGAGACCGUGCCCACGGACGACAUUCAUAUGAGGCAAAUCGGCUACGACAAAGAGUGGCUACACUUCAUCCGGGAGUUCAUAUCGCCCAUCACGUUAAAGGUUUUCUCCGGCUACUUCACUAAGGGUUACUCAAUAAUGAACUUUGUGGUAAAAUACACGCCUGAGAGGCAAGCGUACCUGAGACCCCAUCAUGACUCCUCCACCUUCACCAUCAACAUCGCCCUCAAUAACAAAGACACAGACUUUCAGGGCGGGGGUUGCCGUUUCCAUCGGUACAACUGCUCCCUGAAUUCCCCGCGCAAAGGCUGGAGCUUCAUGCACCCAGGACGACUGACUCACCUCCACGAGGGCCUGCCCACCACCAACGGCACCCGCUACAUCGCAAUCUCCUUCAUCGACCCCUGAACUAUCUGAUCGUACUGUAAAUGUGUCUUUUGCCCUCGCUUUGCCUUGUUUGUUUCGUUCUGUGCCGCCACAUGUUUUGCUGAAGCAAUUUCCAAAACAAAAGCUUUGAAAGGAAUCAAUAAGUGCAUUAAAAGGAUUCUCUGUCAAACAGAGUGUAGACGGGAGAGGAAAGUAACGCAAGUAAGUCACACGUCAGAUACACAAUUGUGCCACUCCCAUUUCCAAUUAUUCCAUUUAUUCAAAACCUACAAUCUAGCUGCAAUUAUUUUUACUGUAGCUUAUCAUGAUUUUUACAUAACUGUUUUAACAUUGUCAUGAUAACUUUGCCGGCCGUUAGCUGUGCCAUGCCAGCAUGCAUGGACAUUGUGUAUAUAUUUGUGUUUCAGGUCAAAUGUCACAGAAGACAUUGAUACUAUAAAAAUAUGUCAAUGCUUCAAUGACUACUGGUGCUCAUCAACACUCCAUGUUUAUGCAUUCAAGAUUAAAGUAAAUAUUUGCUGGAUUGUACGUGUUUUUAUACCCUGAAAAUGGUUUGGAUUCCAUUUGUGAUUUUAGUGAAAUUAAAGUUUGAUAAGUCCCCUGUGAUGGAAAAAAAUUGAAUUUUGGAAUU